AUGCCCAGCCGUCGUGUACCGCCCGAGAGGCGUAAGCGCACUGAGAUCAGUUGUGACAAAUGCAAGUCGCGAAAGCAGAAAUGCCACCGACCGCCAGAGGCACCUGAAGGCGUCGAGCAUGCACCAUGUCGGUACUGUCAGACCCAUGGCUUUGAGUGCGUAACGACGCAGCUGCGCAAGAAGCGCAUCUACGCCUCGGCUGAGGGAUUGGGCACGCGCAUCAGUCUGCUUGAGAGUCUGAUCAAGGGCUUGGUGCCGGAAGCAGACACGUCGAGCAUCGAGGGGAUGCGUGCCCUUGGAGCAUCUCUUGGGAUCCCUUUGCCACCGCCGGAAGAAUCGCCGUUACCACUGGACUCGGAAGAGAGCAUCGACCAAACAUCCCAGAGCCAGCAAGAGGACGUCCCCGUAUUACGCGAUCAACAAGGUCAAACACAGUACAUUGGCCCAGCGAGCAGUUAUGUCUUCCAGAUUAGGAUCCGAUCCCUGUUCGCCAUCGCCGGCGGUCAGCCUCAAGAUCAACAGGGGCAGUUUUUCUUGUUUGGAAGAAAUCCAACAGAAAAGGCCUGGGUCGGCGAAGUGAGCGACCUGAGCAGGGAGAUGAGCUCGGGAAAGAGUCCAAUGACUAUUGCCUCCGUGUCUUCGCCAGUGGUGGAGAAGAACAAUCUUACGGCGGGAACCGCGACGACGGCAUCCCCUGCAUCGACCAUGCACGAUGUAUUUGACGGACCCGUCCCAGAUACAUUGAUCGCGGCCUUUUUCGACCAAAUACACGCUGAUUUUCCAGUGCUUCACGAGGCAUCCUUCCGCGAGGAAUACGAACGGUUUUGCUCGGACCCCGCUUCUUUGACGACCGAUGCCGACCCGACAUGGAUCUGUAGCUUGCUAUGUGUUUUGAUUCUCGCUCGGCGGAUUGCGCCCAUCGACUCAUUCUCUCUGAAACAGGGCCAGGCUGCUGAGGAUCGAUGGUGGAGAAAGGUGCAAGCUUUGCUGCCGAGUGUCGUAUUCACCUCGAGUGUGUCGGCAGUGCAGGCCUUGCUGUUAGCUGCUCUGCACCUCAACAACACCAACCACAAGGAUUCGAGCUGGACAUUGACUGGAACGGCCGUCAGAAUAGCCAUCGCCGUCGGUCUUCACCGAGAGGCCAAGGCACCUCUACACACACCUCUAGCAAGAGAGUUGCGGAAACGUGUUUGGUGGACACUGUAUCAGUUUGAACUCAUGCAGGCCGCGUCUCUCGAUCGGCCCAGCGCUAUCGACGAUGCCGCGUGCUCGGCAGGAAACCCCCGGCAAGCCAUUCUUGAUAUGGGAUCAUCAGAUAGCAUGGCUUAUUCAAACCGCCUCCUGGUACUGCUAUCUCAAGCCUGCCGCGUCGUAAGAAGCAUAAACAACACGAGUGAGGUGGCCGACGAGUCUUACAGCGGCCCGUUGUCUCCGGCUGCCGCACUAAUCCGAGAUCUCCGGCGAUGGAAAGAGAGUUUACCAAGGCACUUAUGCUUGGAAGCAGUAAACGGGCAGCAGCCUUCAUCCCAAAGAUCCAUACUGCUACUUCACGUUCAGUACCACCACGUCCUUUGCGUACUGUCGAGGAAUGCCAUGCUCGGUGCCGCCAGCCGCAUCUUUUCUCCCGAACCAACAGCCAGCCCGCCUCUAUCGCAGGCUGGCACGACAACCCUGUCGGAUGUGUGUACCGAAGCCGCACAAGAAUCGAUACGAAUUUUAUUGAGACUGGACAGUAUCGGCUGUUUCGACACGGUAACGUGGUGGGAUUUCUACUUUCUAUACCAGGCCGCGCUGGUGUUGGUUCUCAACAUCAUUUGUGAAGCAAGGCAACAUGCUCUCUCCUCGUCGUAUAUUCCCCGUUGGUCCAUAACCUCCAGGGCACUGCUGGCCAAUUGCUCCGACUUCUCUGCCAAGAUCCUGGAGAAUCCUCUUGUACCGGGCACGACACGGCGGUACGCUGUUGUGAUACAGGAUCUUAAUGUCAUGAGCCGCAAUUUCUCUGGUGGGAACAUUCAACCUGGAAACGUGCCUCCCGCACAACAUGCCCAGCAACCUCAACCGGAGCCGUCGAAUCAUCCAGCCUAUGGCCAGCCGAUACCACCUCAGCAUCCGCAAAACAUGCCAGACAUGAGCCAAAUCAUGCCAGAACAGCAACAUGGCCUGCCGGGCAUGUACAUGUCACAAGGCCCAGCUGGUAUCCAGUUCACGCCUGAUUACUCGGGUAACUAUGGGUACCCGGAUCCAUCCUGGGGCUGGAGGGAAGGUCAAUGGAAUGACAUUGCAGCUAUGCUACUGAGCAACGAGUAUGGCCACGGCCAAGGGGGGAUGCAACAUUAA